GCAGAUGUGGAAGCAGCGUCUAGCUUUGCCCUGGAAAAAUCAGGGCAAAGGCAUCCUGGAAUGUGGAGAACACCCCAGAUUCCGUGGGAGCUCUCACCCUCUGACCACCAAAAAAGAAAACCUUGGGGCCUUAGGAGCUCUACCGCUAUCUGAGGAAAGCUCACCUCCUCCCCUUUGCCUGGGGAGAGAGGCUCCAAGCCGCGAGACAGCUGUUGCUCGCUGUCUCAGCUGGCUUUGACACAUCCCAGGGCGGACGGCUGAAGAAAGCCGCCAUCGCCACGGCCGUCAUCACCGGAGGUCAGGGAGACAGGGUUUUUAACCCAGCCAUCUAAGGUGCCUGAUGGACUCUUUGGGUGUCAGAGGAAGCUUGGGUUUUUCACUGAGGAUUUGGUGGGCCAUCUGGCUGAGGCCUUACUUGGAAAAAAACUCCAUAAAGUUCCAUAAAAUUCCAACUUUGCAAGAACUCCUCCCCAAGCUUUGGCUGAACUGCAGUAGUGUGGGUUGCUAGGUGCCACCACAGUGUGCAUUUAGAAAAGGUCCUGAGGGUGCAGCCUGUGGCCUGUGACAGGAGGCAGGUGGUUCUUCCCCAGCUGUGCAGUUAUGGGCAAUCAACUCUAGCUAGAGACAUGCCUGUUAUCACCCUAAAUCCUUCUGCUCACAAAGGAGUGCCUCCCUUUAAAAAAAAAAAAAAGUUUAAUUAACACAUGCUGAGUUUUGAGCUAGAUAAUCUAGACAUAAUUAAUUUAAUAUUUCCAUUUUAAAAUUAAUAAUCAUUAAAGUUUAAACAUGUUCCAAAUACAUGCAGAGAAGAAGGAAAGCAGUGGGGGGAGGGGAGUGGGGAAAUCUUAUACCUUCCUUUUUUUCCCCUCCUUAAAAACAAUAAGGGUUUCCUUGUUAAAAGGAGAAGCAGUUUCAACCUUUUUGCUAAAAACAGAGACACUUGCACAAUUAAGAAUUAGUUAGAAGGGCACAAGAUCUUUGUAUUUGUACAGUGAAUUGUAAGAGAUGAGUGGCAUGUAGAGAUAAGCACAGCUGCCAUGCUUACAGCUUUGAUUUUCAUAAUUGUAUAUGCUUUGCUUGUAGGGAAGUUAAUACUUUGCAACUGUUUGUAGAAAGGGGAUUUUGAGAAAUGAAUGCCAGCUUUAGAAGGAAUUAAAAGACUGGUCUAGAUAGGAUGUAAGAAGCAAGAAAAAGUUUAUGGUCAGUUUAAGAUAUGGUUCAGAAGAUUUGACGUUAGCAUAUAUUGUAUGGCAACAUUAGAGUGAUUUUUGCAUUUUAAUCUGGAUUUAUCAUUAAUAAUGCAUUUGGAAUCCUUAGUAUUGCAAGGGGUGAGAAGUUAUUGCUAAAAUGUGUAAACUAAAUCUGUUUUCCUUUUCCUUGGAAUCAAGGAAAAAGCAAGCUUUUAUAAAAGGGCCAGUUUGGUUUAGAGAUUAAGGCACCAGACUAGAAAGUAAAAGAAUGGGGGUUCAAGCCUUACUUUAGCCAUGAAAGCCAGUCUGAUGACAUUCUCUCUUAGCCCUAGGAAAAAGGACAUUUUUGCUUUCUCAGCUGUUAUUGCCUAAUCCGCUGUGCUGCCUCCAAGACAAAUUUGCAUUUCAGGCUCUGUCAGUAAUCCCAUCAUCUGCCUGGCACAAAAAAACAUUCCAGCAUUGUAGACUCCAUGCAGGCCAGUGAGAAAAACUUUAAGAAGUGAUCGCCCCUUGUAAUGACUUCCCGGAUUGGCCUCCAGUAUCCAUAUUGCCCAGUUGAAAUCAGAUUGAUUGAUUGGGUCCUCAUUUUACCGACCUCGGAAGGAUGGAAGGCUGAGUCAACCUUGAAUCAAGCUUUUUGGAUUUUUGAAGAGGAAAACAACUGAGGAGAGGAUGGAGCUGACAUGGGCAGGAGUUUUGCUUCUUCUCUGUAUACUUUUCACCCUUUUCUCAUCUUUCCAAAUGUACAAGAAAAAAGUGCAGCUGCCCCCUGGACCUACUCCAUGGCCUAUUCUGGGGAACCUCUUUCAGCAAGAUGUACUACCUCUAAAAAAAUCCUAUAAAAAGCUUAUAGAGAAGUAUGGACCUAUAUUUACUAUCUGGAUUGGAUCAAAACCAAUGGUUGCUCUUUGUGGAUAUGAGGUGGUAAAAGAUGCUUUGAUAAAUCAAGCAGAAGAAUUUGGUGGGCGAACUAAUACGGACUUUCACAGACGACUGUUCCAAAAUAAAGGAAUAUCUACAAAUGAUGAGAAGAAAUGGAGGGAGCUGCGACGGUUCACACUGUCCACCUUGCGAGAUUUUGGGAUGGGGAAGAAAAGAAUGUCUGAGAGGGUGCAGGAGGAAGCUCUUUGUCUGGUGGAGGAAAUGGCUGCCACAAAAGGGCAGCCUUUUGACCCAAGAAGAAAUUUGGCAAGUGCUGUUUCUAAUGUGAUCUGUACAGUCGUCUUUGGCAAUCGAUUUGAUUACAAUGAUCAAACCUUCAUAGAGAACCAGCAGAUUGUGGAGUUUCAAACAAGAUUUCUGACUGGUUUCCUAGGACUGGUGUACAAUACUUUUCCAAAAACAAUGGAAUACUUUUUGGGACGACAUAUCGAGUCUGAGACAGAAAAAGUCUAUGAUUAUAUCCGUGAGAAAGUGGAAUUGCACAAGAAGACACUGGAUCCCCAGAACCCGUGUGACUAUAUUGAUUGCUUCCUUCAUAGAAUGGAGAAGGAGCAGAACUCAUCUGAGGGAAUCUACACUCUUGAUGAUCUUGUGAUUACUGUGCUUACUCUCUUUACUGCUGGGACAAUAACCACAAGCCGAACUUUGCUACGCAGCCUCCUAACAAUGGCUAAAUUGCCACAUAUUCAAGCUAAGGUGCAACAAGAGAUUGAUGAGGUAGUGGGUACAAAUCGCACUCCAAGCAUGGAAGACCGCUUGAAGAUGCCUUUCACAAAUGCUGUGGUCCAUGAGGUUCAACGUUAUGGGCCUGAGAGCCUUGAAAACUUUCCACGGGCAACAACUUGUGAUGUAAAGUUCCAUGGUUACAACAUUCCCAAGUACAUGGCUGUUGUGCCAGUCCUCUCCUCAGUACACCGUGAUCUUCUCCAUUGGGAGACUCCAGAGAAGUUCAACCCAGAUCAUUUUUUGAAUGAAAAGGGCCAGUUCAGGAAAAGAGAUGCUUUCAUGCCAUUCUCAGCAGGGAAGAGGGCCUGCCCAGGAGAGGCUCUGGCUAAGAUGGAGCUCUUUCUGUUCUUCAGCACUUUGCUCCAGAACUUCACCUUCUCUCUGGAUGGGGACACCAAAGACAUGGAUAUAAUGUCUCUGUUUAUGACCUUCCAAAAUAAGAAUCAAUCCCUCCUUAUACGAGCUGUUAAUCGUUCAGUGGACACUUGUGUUCAAUAAUUAAGACAAGGAAAGGAGUCAAGAUCAUGAUAAGUGACAACUCCUUUCUUUCUUUUCUUUCUUUCUUUCUUUUUUCUUUCUUUCUUUCUUUCUUUCUUUCUUUCUUUCUUUCUUUCUUUCUUUCUUUCUUUCUUUUUUUCUUUUUUUCUUUCUUUCUUUCUUUC